CAUUUUAAACAGAUGAUAGAAGAAGAUUUAGGAAUUUUCGGAACACUCCCUUUUUCUACAAAGAAAGGUUUUAAAUAGUGUAGGACAUUGUGUUUCUAUUAACUAUAUUAGACAACAAUUAUUACAACAACAAUUAUUCUACACCUGUCUGUGUAGACUAUUUCCGAAUCGUGUUUUGUAAUAAUUUAUCAUGUGCACCUGCAAAAUUGAUGUUUGUUAUUAUUCUAAAGAAACGGUUACUAGCCGGGCUUCUUUUUACAAAAGAAGUCUGUUCUCCUCUGAAGGAACUGGGUGGGCGGAGGGGGUUGCCCCUGUUCCUUCACCAUCAAUUGCGCCAGGCAAACCCCAACUUUACUAAUGGAUAAACCGUUUGUUAAGUUUGUUGUCUCGGCGGCACUCUUUCUGUUUGGAAUUGUGUCUAUUGUACUCCUUACAGUAUUUAUAAAUGAAAUGAGAGAGCCACCACAGUACAUGUAUGGGGUUGUGCUGGAUGCUGGAUCCUCACACACUGCCUUGUACAUCUACAGAUGGCCGGCUGACAAAUUAAAUGGCACAGGCGUUGUCACCCAGCACAGCGAGUGUCAUGUCAGAGGAGGGGGAAUCUCUAGUUAUGCUGGGCAGCUGGAUGCUGCGGCCCGUAGCCUCGAGGCAUGCUUGAAACAAGCCAUGCGUGACAUUCCCCCAGAAAGACAUCACCACACCCCUGUGUAUCUAGGAGCUACUGCUGGCAUGAGACUUUUGAAAAUUACCAAUCCUGGCAAAGCAUCUCAGAUUCUUCAAGAAGUAAAACAAAAAAUCAAAUCCUUUCCUUUCAACUUUCGAGGAGCAGUAAUUUUGAGCGGUCAAGAAGAGGGGGUUUACGGUUGGGUCACAGUCAACUACCUUCUCGAAAACUUCAUAAAGUAUGGCUAUGUGGGCCGCUGGCUGAACUCUGGCAGAAAAACAGUCGGAGCGCUGGAUUUAGGUGGAGCGUCCACACAGAUCACCUUUGAGACCCCAGACAUAGUUGAGAACGAGUUGAACAGCAUGACCCUGCGUCUCUAUGGGCAGGAUUAUUCCCUCUACACGCAUAGUUACCUGUGUUAUGGUAAAGAAGAGGCUCUCCGCCAGAUCCUGGCCUACCUGUUUGAAUUGCAGGGUAAUUCUACCAAAGUGUACCAUCCCUGCUACCCAUCUGACUUCACUGAUGUCUUCAAGCUGGAGCAAGUGUUUGACUCGCCUUGUACAGCAUCUAAGAGACCCAAACCUUACAACCCUCAUUCCUGGAUCAGGGUGCAAGGCACCGGGGACUACCAAAGCUGCCUUGGCAACACUUCUAAUAUAUUUUCCUUCCAGUUCUGCCCCUUUUCUAAGUGUUCGUUUAAUGGAGUUUUCCAGCCCAACAUCAGCGGGGGCUUCAUGGCAUUUUCUGCUUAUUUCUUCACUCACAGUUAUCUCCAGCAAAGUACAGGAAUAAACAUCAGAACCUCUGCUCAGCUAGAGGAGGCUACCCAAGCUGUGUGCAAUAUGACCAUAAAAGAGAUGACAGAGAAAGCUCCGUACUUGAAAAAAUACCUGAAGGAUUACUGUGCUGUCGCGGUGUAUAUACAAGUGCUACUGCUUAGGGGUUAUAACUUUGAUGAGAGUUCUUUCCAAAACGUUGCUUUUCAGAAAAAGGCAGGCGAGGCGUCUGUGGGCUGGGCUCUGGGUUAUAUUCUCAGUGUGAGCAGCCUUCUUCCAGAGGAACCUGCGGGCAUCAGGAAGGGCUUGCGUCCUGCUGCAUGGAUUGGCUUGUUGAUUCUCCUAACCGUCCUCCUCACUUCUACCUUCUGUUACAUGGCUCUCCUAGUGAUUCGGAGGAAAAUGAGUAAUGAAGGAGUCUCAUAGCGCACUGCUAUGCAUACAGUUGUUCAAUGUGUUCAAUACUGUACUGUCUAUGCUAAUACUACAUCAAAUUUAACAGGAAAAUUGUUUGUUUUAUCUAAACAUAUGCACCUUAGGAAAUUAAAUGAAUGAGGCACAAAAUGAAUAACACUAAAUAAUAUUAUAUACGGUAUACUAUGGUAUGUCCAAUACCAGCGCUGUUCUAUUGUGCAAUAGAUAUUGUUCACUCUUUUAACAGAUUUCAGAAAAUGUCUUUGCCUUGUGUGAUACACUAAUCAACUUUAUUAAAGAAAAUAUAUGUAAUUUGACUGAUGUCAGUGACCCACAACUGUAGCUUUGUAUCUCUUUGGCCAAUUCACAUUUGUAUUCAGUUGAUGUACAAUGCAAUACAAAUAUUUCGUAGACCGCAGGAAUAAAACUAUAAUGUUAAUAAUUUACGAAGUUGGAUUGAUUUCUGAUGCAGGUCACUAAAGAAUGUACAUGCAAAAUAAACUACAAUGUGUUUAACAA